AUGGAACACCACGGUACCUUAAAUAGCCGAGAUCUCCAGCUGUUGAAUGACGAUAAUUGGCUAAAUGAUAGUUUCAUUGAAGCUUAUCUGUGUUUCUUGAAGAGCCACUCUGGAAAAGAUUUACAAAAAAAUCGAAAUCUAAAGAACUUCGAGGUCUUGAGCACUCACUUCUUUACCACAAUUAGAAAUAAAGGCAUCAAGUCUGUUGACAGCUGGUACAAAAAGGCAGAUAUUUUUGAUGUCAAGUUGCUAAUAGUACCUAUCAAUGAAGGCAACAUCCACUGGACACUUCUGGUAGUAAAUAAUAGAGAAAAGACUAUGACUUAUUAUGAUUCAAUUAGAGGAUUGUAUGAUGCUACAGACAGUUUCAGUCAGAUGAAGCAGUAUUUGUCACGACAAAGUAUGUUGAGACGUAUAAUACAGAUUGACUGGACAGAGUGGAAGACUAUCAACGCCAGUGAAAUACCUCAACAGCAGAACGGUAAUGACUGUGGGGUGUUUCUUCUCCAGUAUGCCUAUUGCGUGGUUCACAGAAGAGACAUGGACUUCAGUCAGGCUGACAUUCCCCAGAUUCGUUGUCGGAUUCAGUCAGAACUAACAAACGUGUGCAAGUCAAAGACAGCAGCUGACUCCAAUGAAUCCAUAUCAACACAUGUAGAAAUAACCAACAGCACUGACUUGGCACCCAUAACUGAGUCCAAAAACAAUGAAUGUCAACCCACAAUCAAACAAUCGCUCAUUCCAACCUGCCAGUCAAAUCUAAGCACAGAUUCAGAUUCGGAUUUUGAAACAGCACUGUGGAAAGAGUCUCCUCCAGCAAUAGAAAUUGCUAUUCUGUCCUAA